AUGAUCUCGUAAGCCGGAGUAAAAUUAUUAUUCUAUCAUCAAUGUUUUUUUCUACGUUUACUUUAUAAUUCAAAAACAAAAUCUGCUGAGGAUGGUGUCUGUAGUGUUACACAAAGAAUUUUGAAAUGAUCAAUAACAGUGAAACGCGAAUAAUUCAGAGAGCAUUGCUUGUAGUUAGUCAAGAAUCAAGUGACUUAGUCUUUUGAGGAUUAAUUAAUAUUGGUUCUAAUUCGAAUAUGUCAUGACAGUCACUCACGUUGAAGACAACAUUGGUGGUACUGUCCAGAAAUUACAAUUGUUAUCUUGACUAUACUUAUACAACCUAUAAACUAUGAUUUGACAAAACUUGCUCAAAUAUCUUAUUAUAAAAAAUAUUUUUUGAAGAUCUUCACAAAAUAUCUCGAUCUUUACCGAUAUAGAAUACUAUUUAUAGCUAUUAUUUAAACUUAUUGUCCGAUAGUUUAAUAAAAAUGCGCGCCUAUAUAUUAUUUUCAGCCUUGAUGGUUUAUUUUCAAACUGAAAGUGAAAUGUUUUGUGACAUAUGUGACUGUCAGGAAAUAAGUGAACCGCUUACCGGUGUAGUAGUAAACUGCUCCUUCCAUGAAAGAGUGCUUGAAAUGAAUCCUAUUUUACCAGAUGCAUCCAUUACCUUGGAUUUAUCCAGGAGCAACUUAACAAGCAUUCAACCUGCGAGUAUUUUCCAAUCAGAAUCAUUAGUUAAACUAUUAUUAAAUAGAAAUUUCUUAAAAGAAAUUAAUUUACUUUCUUUUAACCUACCUGAGCUAAAGCAAUUAGAUUUAAGUGAAAAUCAACUUACACAUAUUAAUCCUGAUUCAUUUAAUGGUUUUACAAAGCUGGAAUAUUUGAAUCUCGCCAGUAACAAGUUCACUGUUACGAGUCAACUGAAUUUCAACUCUUUGGUUAAUUUAAGAGAGAUCAUUCUUGACAAUAAUAAUAUCGGAGACAACAUAGAAACAAGAUCACUGUUUGAUGAACAAGGCUAUGGGUUACCAUUAAAUAUACAGAGUAUCUCUAUCAGCGGCAUCAACUUAGAUAAUUUAAAUUUGGAAUAUUUCAAACCAGUUGACAAAACACUGAGGAAGUUAGUAAUAUCUAAUAAUAAUCUUAACAUAAUUGUUAAGCUACCUCAGCGGUUGGAAUAUUUGGAUUAUUCAAAUAAUCCCAUAAAAAAAGUAACAACAGAGGAAUUAGAGCCUUUGGUGUAUUUAAAAGAGCUGAAGCUUAACGGUCUGGAUGUAGAAGAGAUCUCCAAAAAUGUUUUCGCAACAUUAAUGCUUACUAAAUUGGAACUGAAAUAUAAUAAAAAAUUGAAAGAAUUCAGCAAUUUAUCAUUUGGCAGACAACUGUUGAGCGACACUUACGAUUUCUAUUUAGAAAAUCUAUCACUGAAAGGUUCAAAUCUAUCUACCCUCGAUGAAAGUUUGUCAGUUUUAUUUGUGAAGGUGAAGAGAUUGGACCUGCAGCAGAAUCCAUGGGUGUGUGACUGUCGACUGGCCUGGUUGCGCAAAUUACCAAUAGCUCCUGAUUUAAUUGAUGAUUUCAGAUGCUCGUCACCAGAUAAUCUCUUCGAUAGAAGAAUUUUCGACUUGGCAGAAGAAGAUUUCGUCUGUGAUACGGCGUCGUGGGACGAAUCCCAGUUCGGAAUAUCGGCUGGCCACGUGUUAUACUUGUUACUUGCGUUGGUGACAAUUUUGUACCUUUCGUUAUAUAAUACAACACCUAAAGACAAUUUACGACAGAAAUAAAUUAAUUAUUAUCAG